AUGGUUGUCUCAACUUCUCUUCUCAAGCAAGAAUUCCUCAAGAAAUGGACAACGGGUAUGAAUGCUUGCGCCUCUUCAAUCAAUAACAAAUCCUCUAGUUUCUUGGAGAGGAAAGAGGCCAUCAAGUUCUCCGCCGACGUAGCCAUGGCCUCUACGAGAAUGACCAACACACGUUGGCGUCGAGCCCUAAUAGCAAAUGCUUCACAAGAUCCGGAAAACAAGCUUAUACUAGACAAAAUACUAGUGAGCAAGUCGAAUAACAUAGUCAAGACCAAGAUGAGUACUUCAGGUCAGUUUCAUCGGUCGAGAAUCAUAUCCAAGAAGGGGAAAUAUAGGAAGAAAGAGGGAUUGUCACGUCGUAGACGGAGGUUAGUCAACAAGACCAAAGUUGUGUCGAAGAGGAUUCAAAUGUUGAGAAAGUUGGUGCCUGGUGGGGAAGAUAUGGGUGAGAGCUCCUUGAUGAAAGAAGCCCUAGAUUACAUUAUUUCACUCCAAACUCAGGUUGAUGGGAUGAAACUUAUUCUUACAAAUGCCAUCGGUACUAAAUCCUCUCUAAAUCAUAAAUAAAAUAAUCAAAUGC